AUGUCUGAGCAAAUAAAAGAAUGCCAAGCAAUUCAACUAAGGAGCGGCAAAACAUUGGGCACUCAGAAUCAGAAUAAGGAGGAGCAGGAUGGGGGAGAGCCACCAGAGAGUAAUGUUAUAGAAAUAAAGAAAGCCAUAAAGGGCACUGAACACCCAAAGAGGAGUGAAAUGGACGUUGCACAGGCCCUUGAACAAAUGCCUCUAUAUGCUAAGAUCAUGAAGAAAAUACUGAAUAACAAGAGGGAUUGGAAGGAAGUAGAGACAGUGGUGCUUACUAAGGAGUGUAGUGCAGCCAUUCAGAGGAAUCUUCCCGAGAAACUACAAGACCCCGGGAGCUUUAUAAUUCCCUGUACCAUUGAAAACACUCUUAUUCGGAAGCCCUUAUGUGAUCUAGGAGCAAAUAUCAACCUCAUGUCGCUAUCAUUGAUGAGAAAGCUCCAAAUUGAGGAAUUAAAGCGUACACGCAUCUGUCUCCAGUUAGCUUACCGUUCUAUCAAGUUCUCGUUCGAAGUGGUGGAAGACUUACUUGUGAAAGAUGGCCAUCUAGAAGGGAAACGGAAAACUUCUAAAUGGGACGAACAACAAGUUGCUUUGCACAAUCUUUUGAAGAAAGCGCAUCAGUUGUAG